AUUUAUUGGAGUCUUUUGGCCUCUCUUUGCAAUGAUCGACUUCCCUGGUUUCCUUUUUUUCCCCAGGCAUCAUCCCGCACGUGCACUCACCUCUCCCUCGGUGUCUUGACCACUCGGAACAAAAGAAAAAGAAAAAAAAAUCAGGUUCUUGUCCGAGCUUACCGCACCCAAUCGGCCACCACCAUGAGGUUCUCUUCCUGCUUGGCUGCGGCCACGGCCCUGGCCGCGGGGGUUUCGGCUGCCCCUGCGAUCCCUGCCGGCGACGACUUGGAGGUCGCGCGUGCCCAGGUCAACAAGAUGGUUGCCGACAUCUCGGCCAAGAAGAUGGCAGAGCUCCAGGCCAAGGCCGUCGAUGCCAAGCGCAAGACUGCCUGCAAGAGCACGUGCACGGCCGACAAUGUCGCCGUUCGCAAGGAGUACGGUGACCUCACCAAGGAGGAGAGGGCUGACUACGUCCGCGCUGUCAAGUGCCUGAUGGAUCUCCCCGCCCGCACGCCUAGAUCCGUGGCUCCUGGUGUUCGGUCUCGAUUUGAUGACUUUACUGUCACUCACAUCCAGCAGACACUCAACAUUCACUACACCGGAAACUUCCAGCCUUGGCACCGUUGGUUUGUCUACACCUACGAGAAGGCCCUGCGUGAGGAGUGCGGCUACAAGGGCUACCAACCUUACUGGGACUGGGCCAAGUACGCCUCUGCUCCCCAAGACUCGCCCAUCUUCAACGGCGACGAGUAUAGCCUGGGAGGCAACGGCGAGUGGAUCGGACCUCACGAAGGCGCCAUGAUCGGCGUUCCCCAAGCUGGUGCGCCCACGCUGCGCAUCCCGCCCGGAGUCGGCGGCGGCGAGGUCAAGACGGGUCCCUUCCUAAACCGCACCAUCCUUUUGGGUCCCGUCGGAGCCAUCGAGGGCGUGCCCGCAGGCCCCGACAACGGCCUGGGCGAGAACCCUCGCCCUUGGAAGCGCGACGUCGGCCCCGGCGUCAACAUGCGCUUCGCCAACUACACCACCGUCCUCAACCUUUUGACGGCCCCCGACAUUGACGCGUUCAGAAUAGUGUCCGAGGGCGAGAAGGGCACGGUGGAGAUUGGCCCGCACGGCGGCGGCCACUACGUCAUGGGCGGCGACCCCGGCGGCGACGUCUUCACCUCGCCCAACGACCCGGCCUUUUUUGUCCACCACGGCCAGAUGGACCGCGUGUGGUUCCUGUGGCAGGAGCAGGACCGCGCCGCCCGCCUGCACGACCUCGGCAAGGGGCUGUACGCCCACCAGACCUGGUGGAACGAGCCUCCCAGCAACCUGACCAGCCCCGACGAGAUCAUCGACCUCGGCUACUCUGGCGGCAAGAUUGCCAUCAAGGACCUUGCCGACACCACUUCUGGUCCCUUUUGCUACAUCUACCAAUAGGAGGAGCUUUAGUUUCGCAUGCCUAUCUUCGGAAGACGAGCAGAGCCCUUCACGCCCCGUUUUUGCUUGGUCCUCGCUCGUACCCUCUUCCAAUACUGGUCUAGUGCGAGGAGCAGAGAUGCUCCAAUCACGGCUACGAUCAUUCUUUUUUUUUCUACUGUUCUAAUAAUGUGUGACGAGACUACAUAAACCUAGAAGAAUACCCAAGCAAGCUCGCUGCUUUGAGUUUUUACGAAUGUUCUAUCCCUGAAUCGCACCUUGUUUGACCCCAUUCUUUAGAUUAUAACGUUGGGCUCCACAUCUCCGACCCCCCUAAAGUCCGGCCCCUAAAAAUAUCUACUCAGCCACAUCAACCCUUUGUUUUAUUUUAUAAAUAUCUAGACGAAUUUUUCACUUUAGAACUUGAUUUUUGAAGAUUCUUGCUCCAAACUUUCCAAUGAAACAGUACACUGAAAAUCAGCUUCUUGCUGCCAUUUCUGACAUAAGAAAUGGCAAAUCAGUUCACAAAACCUCGCAAAAAUGGGGUAUUCCUCGGAGUACCCUUCACGAUCGUUUAAAGGGGGCCCAGUCAAUUCAACAAGCGAAAAGAUUUUGUCAAAGGCUUUCACAGGAGCAGGAAACCUAUUUGGCAGAUUGGGUACUUGCGCAGGCCGCGUUAGGCCUUCCGCCAACGCAUCAAGAACUACGCUAUUUUGCGGAACGAAUUCUUCAGGCCGCCGGAGAAAGAAAAAGCCUUGGGAAACAUUGGGUUAGCCGUUUUAUAGCCCGAUAUCCAAUUUUGAAAACCCAAAGACCCCGGCGAAUAGAAAAUGCCCGGGUUAAUGGGGCUACAACCGAGGUAAUUAAAUCUUGGUGGUCCUAUUUGAAAAAUCCCGUUGUCGAUACUAUAAAACCGGCCAACCGUUGGAAUAUGGACGAAACAGGUAUAAUGGAAGGCAAAGGAUCUAAUGGCCUGGUGUUAGGGCGUAAUAAAAUCCGGCCAUUACAGCGAAAAGAGCCUGGAACGCGGGGUUGGACGAGCAUAAUCGAAUGUGUAUCAGCUACGGGGGCUGUUAUACCUCCCCUCGUU